AAAAAUAUACAAAUAAAUAAUAAAAAAAAAAAAAAAAAACACACGUAACCAUGGCUGACAUGACAGUAGAAGAUUUUCAGCUUCGGGCCAAUCAGGUCACAGAUGAGUCACUCGAGAGUACACGCCGAAUGAAGAAUCUGGCAGUUGAGUGUCAAGACACUGGAAUCAAAACAAUCAAUAUGCUGGACGAGCAAGGCGAACAACUAAAUCGAGUCGAGGAAGGGUUGGACCAGAUCAACAAGGACAUGCGAGAGGCAGAGAAAAACCUAACUGAACUCAAUAAGUGUUGUGGUCUCUGUGUCUGCCCGGGAAAGAGGCCAAAGAAUUUUGAGACCGGCGAAGUCUACAAAAAGACUUGGGGUGGCAAAGAUGGAGCCUCCGACGAGGUUAUUUCAAAGCAACCACAUCAAAUGAAUGCACAGCAAACCCGCCCAGGACAGAACGGUGGCUACAUUAAGAAGAUCACAAAUGAUGCUCGUGAAGAUGAAAUGGAAGAAAAUUUGCAAGAGGUGGGCGGCAUACUGGGACAGCUUAAGAACAUGGCUCUAGACAUGGGCAAUGAGCUUGACUCGCAGAACAAACAGAUUGGUAGAAUCAAUGAAAAGGCGGAGGUAAACAAAGCUCGCAUCGAUCAAGCGAACACCACAGCGAAGAAGCUCAUUGAGUGAAGACUUCAACUUCUUUAGCCUUUUUAAACUGUAUGGCAAAAAUGCUUUUCUGUAAUUGUCUGGGGUCUUUAGGGAGGCAAAUUCUCCUUCCCACCUUAACCGUGGAAGGUGUGUCUCCAUUUUCCUAAAUACAUGAAUACAAAGCAUAAUUGGUCUGAGGUAUGUCUACACGAAGAAUGCUGUACAUGCUCUGCUGCAACUUGUUUACCCAGGGGAGUGUAAUUGUACAAGGUCAACUCUUCCAGCACCACUGUAUUUAUUUUAAUUUCUCUGUUCUUUAAAGCAAAUAUACAACAUAUGAAGGUGAACUUGACAUGGAGAAUUUUAGCACACAUCGGGCGUUUUUUCCUAUAGCCUAGGUGCUUUGAUAUGCAAGUUGUAUCUUUGCUUUAAAUAUACAUUUGCGAUCACUUUAUUUUAUGUAACCUCUGAAAUCUGUGAACUUGUCAUGUCGUUUUUGAGAAGUGCCUUUUACCAAAGAAUGUUAGACUCAAUCAUGCUGUGUUUUACAGUGUGUAUACUCUUGAGAGAGCCUCUAUUCCAGAUUUUACUUUCCAUUGCUUGCAGUUCAACAUUGUUAAGCGUUUUGACGUCUUAUAAUGCCGUAACUAAAUGGUAGAAAUUGGUUUUGGAUCAUCAUAACUUUUUAUUGCCUGUCUGAGCCUUUGAAAUCUCUGCCCUUUUGCCUAAUGAUUUGUAAGUUCUAAAAAGGGUUUUAAAGGCCAGCGUUGCUUCUCGCAUUGUGACAGUCCAUCCCUGAACACGUCUGGGCUGGGUUUAAAAGGGAUUCUCCACUAAAACCAAAACUCUUUGAAACUGGAAGGAACGUCAUAGGCAGCUUGUAGCUACAAGACUAAGAACGUGAGUUGACGCAUAAACAAUGUCCCUGUCUCUAGUAACUUCAUCAGGGUUUAUUUGCUAAAUUGAGAAUUCAAAGUUCAUUUUACACGUAAGGUCAAAGUAGUGGAACCAGAAAAACUCUCCAAGUCCAGUAUGCUUUUUGUUGGGCUACUCCAGCUUUAUACUUGAAAUCCACUUUGAAUUCUUUCUUUGGUAAAUCAUCCUGUAUAUUAAACAUGCAUUGUUGCAGUUAUUAUUUUUUUUUUUACUAAUUAUGCACAUAUAGGGCUAGUCAUUCUGCUUGGCACCAAUUUAAAAUACCUUGUAUAAAAUAUUUUAUUUUUAACUCUGAACACCUUAAAUUUGCAAUAUAUUGUCUACUAGUAGUAUUCCUUUUUAUACAUCAUUGUAACGUCUGAAUAAAGUUCACCAUGUGACUAUAUUGGCAGUUGUUCUGUCCCAAGCGUCACAAUUCAACAUGGUUGAGACUCGGAAUGAAUUGUGACCUGAAUGUUUGUUUGAUCUCAUGUACAGCCCUGUACCAAUGAGCCCCAAGCAGAAUCUGCACGGGGUGGGAGUUUCACAGUAAAGUGUAAAGAAAUCAAACUGAAUCUCGCAUUUUAGGCUGAAUAUACAGCUGAUUUUGUACAAUUCUAUCCAAAAUUUGAAAUUCUUGACUGUUCACAACAGGAACACUACCCAGAAAGCAGAACUGUUUGUUUUUUAUCUUAAUGAUCUGAUCUAAGUGUACCAAGUAAUACGCUUUAUUUUACUUUUGCUAAAACUUCAACUUACCUGAGCACACUAGGAGAGGAGAGUGAUUAUAAAACCUAUUUGGCAAUAUGCAUCAUCGAAGUUGCAUUAAAAGAUAGUCAUUACCCAGUAUUCAAGACUAGGCCCCAUCUAGGGAUGUUCAAACAUUAACAUGGUUAUUCGCUAAAGCAGGCAUAGGCAACCUUCGGCACUUCAGAUGUUUUGGACUACACCUCCCAUGAUGCUCUGCCAGCAUUGUGUAAGAGCAUUAUGGGGGAUGUAGUCCACAAUAUCUGGAGUGCCGAAGAUUUGCCUAUCCCUGCGCUAAAACUAGAAUGCAAAGUGAAUUUCACAUUUAAAGGGACACUAGAGUCACUAAAACAUAAACUUAAUGAAGCAGUUGUGGUGUAUAGAUCAUGCCGUGCAGCCUCACUGCCCAAUUCUGAAAUUUAGAAGUUAAAUCACUUUGUUUAUACAGCCCUAGCCACACCCUCCUGCAAGUGACUUGCACAGCCUUCCUAAACACUUCCUGUAAAGAGUCAUCUAAUUUUUAAACUUCCAUAAUUGCGAAAUCUUUCAUUUAGAUAGAAUGUCUUAUCUCUUGCUUAGUUAAUAGCUUGCUAGACCCUGCAAGUGCCUACUUUUAUGUGAUGAAAGUUCAGUUUUAAGAGCAGGAGAUAAACUUUCUAAGUUACAUCUGAUUGACAUUUGAACCAUUCUGUUUUCAUGCAGGCUGUCAGUCACAGCUGGGUAGGGGUGAAUAGGGCUGCAUAAACAGAAACAGUGAUUUAACUCCUAAACAGCUGAUAAUUUAGCAGUGAAACUUCAGAGGCAUGAUCUAUACACUCCAUGUAGACCGCUCAUUAAGUUAAAGUUGUUUUUGUGACUAAAGUGCCCCUUUAAGUUCAAAAUGACCAAACUGGAAAAACGCUAGAUCAUCCAUGCUUUCAGUUCAGCUACUAUCUGUUCUAAAGAGCUUAGUUCUUAGGACAGUAAGGAUGAUUUUAGGUAAGCAGCAAACUCAUAUCACGCCAAAUGGCCAGCAAGACUAUAUAGGUUAACAGAUUUAGUUAUUACCAACACACACAUCCAUAAUUUAUCCUUUUUUUACAAGGAUAGACAGAAUUCCUUCCAAGACGCAGCGAUGCUUACUACCUCUAUCCAGCGUUCCGUUUUCUCAUUUGUUGCUGGAUUUAAUAGAAACGUAUUGCUAUUUCACACAUGGUGGUUACAAAAACAUUUAAUCUCUUUAGUAAUUCUUUGCAAAGUCUUCUCAGUUCCUCAAAAAAAGAAAGGAAAACGAGAUAAAGAGGGUUAGUUUGGUGUGAUGAUUUGCAUGUAAAAUGCAAUAGUUGCAAGAUGGGGAGUGUGUGGACAUUGUCAAAGCAUUUUAGAAACCGAUUGAAAAUCUUCGUGUUCAGCACAAAAUGUUUCAUUGUAGUCUGCUUUGUUACAAUUGCUGCUGACGUGACCCAGUCUGAAUGAUAGUUUAGUGACAAUGUGAAUGCCGAUUUGUACAAUAGGAUAUCUGUGAACUAUGAUUGUAACCUCAUUUUAAUUAUAUAUCCUAUGACUUUAAUAUGCUCAAACUGUAUUUUCUAUGAAACAUUAUCUCCUAUAUUGGCUGCUCUCUCUUCUCUUGCAUCAAAGCAUCAAGGGAGUUUAGUUAUACAACAUCUGCCACCCCUGCUGUAAAAAAAUGUUCUGGAGGAACCGGCGAUGUACUCUAAUGCACAGCCCGGGAGCUGCUAGCUGUGGCUGUGUACGAAUGUUCUAACAGCUCUGUAUGUAGCAUGGAUGGUGAGUAGGGUGUACUGUCCUAUGGGUACUGCAAUAAAAAAUAUACAAUUUUUUUUUUCUUAAUCAAAACUUUACUAGCAGUAGUUUGCCUUGAGCUUUCACUAUUAGUUUACUUAGGAUUUCCUUUUUACACACUAGCACCUUACUAGCUUUUCAGACUUCAAGACGUUUUCAACAUAAAAUGAAGGCGUGCAGAGAUUACCUCUGCCAAUGCAAUUCUCACUCUGCUUGCCGACCACUGCUGCUUACUGUGCAGAUGUUGAGCAAUAAAGAGAUCUAUUGCCACCCAUCCAGUUUUAUUCCAGGAGACUCCGUCUGUUUUGUUAGCAGUGCACCUUUUAUAGGAGGAGAUGUGAUGGAUUAUUAUAAAAGGCUGGCCUUUCUAGAAGCACACCGAUGCCAUUAUUGUGUCUUAAUACUUGCCAUGCACAGUGGUGUUAAGUGUUUGUU